AAAUAGUCUCUCAACCCACUGAGUAUGUAAUUUGAAAUAAAUAAGAAAAAAAUAUAUUUAUAUAUAAUUCGUUACAAAAUAAUCAAAACCAAAAAAGCGAAAUCAAAAUAAAUAAUUUAGCUAUGUGUAAAAAACAUAUUCUUUUAAUCGAAGCAUUUUAUGGUGGAUCACACAAACAACUGAUGGACUUAAUUGUUGAUUUAUUUCCAUUAACUUCUGAUCUAUUUACUAUGACUGCCAAAAAAUGGCACUGGAGAGCUAUUUCAUCCCCGUUAUAUAUAGCGAAUACAAUACCCAAAGAGCAUGAUUAUCGUGUGCUGUUUACAAGUUCAGUCCUGCCAUUAGCAGAAAUCGUGGCUUUAAGACCAGACUUGAUGAAACUGUACAAAAUAGUUUAUUUUCAUGAAAACCAACUUGCUUAUCCAGUUCAAGAGAGGAAGCAGAGAUACUUUCAACAUGGAUACAAUGAUAUACUUACGUGUUUAGCUGCAGAUAAGGUUAUAUUUAACUCAAAGUUCAACAGAGAGUCUUUUCUGUUUAACAUAACAAGUUUUUUAAAUGUGAUGCCUGACUACAAACCUAAAAAUUUAGACCAACAAAUUUGGAGCAAAAGUGAAGUUGUUUAUUUUCCUAUUGACAUUAAGAAAGAUGAUUUACUUCAAAACUUAACUACACAAUGUACAGACAGAAAACUGCAUAUAAUCUGGCCUCAUCGAUGGGAACAUGACAAAGACCCUGAAACAUUUUUUUCUGUGAUUUAUCGUUUGAAAGAUUCAGGAGAAGACUUUUAUUUAUCUGUUUUAGGUGAAUCGUUUUCUGAAAAGCCCAAUGUUUUUGAAGAAGCAAAAGAAUAUUUGAAAGACCAUAUAAGAUACUGGGGUUAUCAAGAAAAUAAAGAGGACUACUAUAACAUUUUACGUUCGUCUGAUGUUGUAGUUUCAACUGCAAAACAUGAGUUCUUUGGAGUUUCUGUUUUGGAAGCUAUUCAUUUUAAUUGUUAUCCACUUUGUCCGAAGAAGUUGUCUUAUCCAGAAUUAUAUCCAGAUAAAUAUCUGUAUAACACAUCAAAUCAGCUCUUUAAAAGAUUAAAAUACUUUUGUAGACAUCCUAAGGCUGCAAGAGACCACAAAAUUGAGGUUGAUUUGUCAAGAUUCUCAUGGGAAGAAAUGAAAACUAAGUACAAGAAGAUUUUUGUUGAAGCUAUGGCUUAAAAAGCCCUUUAUUCAGCAGCAGAAAUAAAAACUAUUUUUUCAUCUA